AUGUCUACUCCAGUCACUAAUGGUGCAAAGACAAUGUACUAUAAGAUCCAACAAAUCAGAUCAACCAUAGGACUUUCACCUAUUGUUCGUAAAAAUAUGGAAGCUUUAGGUUUGAAAAAAAGAAAUCAAAUCAAAUACCAAAAAGUUUCACCAUCAACUGCCCAUAGAUUAAUUAAAGUCAAAGAAAUAGUUAAAGUUGAUUUAGUCGAUACUCCAAAGACUGUUGAAGAAUUAGCUAAAGAAAGAAAGUUCGAUGCAGGUUUCGUGAUAAAUAAAGAUAAAGCAUUUUCAAAAUACGAUUAA